ACAACCUCUACAACACCUCCAUCACCAUGUUAUGCCGCCAAAAUCACUAACUAUCACAAUUCACAGAAACGGCCGAAAUAAUCCCCACCGAAGCGUUUCGAGCUUCCAGUUUCAUUUCUUCCCUCCAUUCACGAAUGCCGAGUCACUGACUCGCUUCCCGCCAUGUCAGUUCUUCCCUCCAAGCGCUUCUCGCUGAGUUCUCCCCAACCCGCUUCCACCGCCGGGUCGACCCUUGAUCUUAAGAAGCGGGUCAUUUCUUGCCUCAACAAACUCUCCGACCGAGAUACUCUCGCCGUUGCUGUUGCAGAGCUCGAGUCCAUUGCUCGGACCUUGAGCCACGACACCUUCUCCACGUUCAUUUCCUGCAUUCAUAACACUGAUUCCUCUUCCAAAUCGCUCGUUCGUAAGGAAUGCGUUCAUCUCUUGACCGUUCUCUCUCACUUCCACGGUGAUGCUCUGUCCCCAUUUGUCUCUAAGAUGAUCUCCGCUGUCCUUCGUCGCCUCCGUGAUCCUGACUCCGCCGUUCGAUCCUCUUGCGUCGAUGCCAUCGCUGCAAUGUCUUCUCGGAUCACCAAACCGCCGUUCCCGACUGCUUUUUUGAAGCCGUUGAUGGAGACUCUCACGCAGGAGCAGGAGGCCAACUCGCAGAUGGGUGCGGCACUGUGCCUCGCGGCAGCGAUUGAGUCGGCGCCGCAGCCUGACGUGGAGGCGCUGAAGAAGAGUGCUCUGCCUAGGCUGGGGAAGUUGGUGAAGAACGAGGUGUGCAAAGCGAAGCCCGCGUUGUUGGUUCUGAUAGGGAGUGUUGUUGGUGUUGGUGGCGCUUCUAGCCAGGCAGUGUUGAAUUGGUUGGUGCCUUGUCUUGUUCAGUUUCUCAGCAAUGAGGAUUGGAUGGUCAGAAAGGCAGCGGCGGAGGCGUUGGCUAAGGUUGCUGUGGUGGAGAGGGAUCUGGCAUCGCCGUAUCAGGCGACGUGCUUGAAUUCGUUACAGAAUCGAAGGUUUGAUAAGAUCAAGGUAGUUCGGGACACCAUGAAUCGUGCCUUGAUGAUGUGGAAGGAGGUAACAGAUUUGACCGUGGAUGUUUCUGCUCCUGCAACACCGGCAUGUUAUUCAGCUGAUAAUGGUAAGGAGCAAUGUUCCGCUAAAUGUUCAGUGGGUAGUAGCAUGAAAUCUUCUCAACGAAAGAAAACAAUCUCCACCAGCAGGCCCCCUCCAUCUGAGGUUUCAUUUGUACCCAUGGUCAAAAGAGAGAGCUUUAAAAAGAUCAAGGACAGAAGUUCAAAUUCGGGGAUGUCAUGUGAGAUGGACUGUGAGAAGUUGUCUGAUAGGAAAUUUGAAACUCCAGAUUCAAAUUCUUUUCCAUUGAACAUGGAUAGGGAAGAUGACAUUAAAAGGUGUGGUUUAGAAGUUUCAAAGCCAUGCUUGAGUCAGAACUAUGAGAAUCCAAGAAAAGAAAUAAGGCGCGCCCUCUUUAGCAAGAAAUCUGAUGGGAAAUUGCAUAAAUCUGGUGGUUUAAGAUCAGGGUCGCGAGUGGUUCCAUUUUGUGAUGAUGACAGCCCUGACACAGAAUUCACCUUGGACAAUGUAAAUGAAGCAUGUGACAACCCCCAAGAUGUUGAGAAUCUAUCUUUGAUCCGUGAACACCUUAGUCAAAUCGAAAACCAGCAAUCAAACUUAUUAAAUCUCCUUCAGCGAUUCAUUGGAAGCUCUCAAAUUGGGAUGAAUUCUCUAGAGACACGUGUACAUGGCUUAGAGAUGGCUCUGGAUGAGAUAUUACAUGAUUUGGCAGCAUCACGUGGCAGGCUAGGCAAUAGUGAUGCUGCAGAAGAUAUGUGCUGCAAGCUACCUGGUUCUGAGUUUCUGAGUUCUAAAUUCUGGAAGAAGACGGAAGGACGGUAUUAUGGAAACCAAUUAUCAUCAGAUGCUUUGCAAAAUGCAGCUGAGAAAGAUGGUGGUAUUGAAAUGUUCACUACAAAUAAUAAAAAAAUUCAACAUCGUGGGGUAGGACUGUAUGUGAACCCAUUGGCAAGUGAUUCAAAGGAGCGUUUAAGGCAACAUUCGUGUAAAUUGCCAAAGGACAUUGUCCGAAAUACUGAGAGAACACAAAGUAACAAUACCAGCUGACACGAUGGCAUUUCACUGACUGCAUCCACGAACUAGAAUUGCAGAUCAUCCGUGUAGUGAAAGACCGUAAGGCAAACAUGCGGCCGUGGCAAGCAUAGCAAGUCAUGAUGCCGAACAUGAAACUUAUAAUCUGCUUUCUUUCGAGCACCAGAAAAGGUACCUUCUCAAUUUUUUUUUUUUUGUAUAGCUGGGGAAUUUUCUUGAUAUGUACCAUAAUUAUAUUAUAUUGUGUUGUAUCUUGGCAAUCUUUAGUGCAAAGGAAAAAAAAAAGAAGAAAAGAUUAUGUCGUAAAAGAGGCUUAUGUUAGGAAUGCGCUAAGCAAAGAAGAAAAGUCACUCGAGUUUUUAUGCGCUAGCAACUUGGAUUCUGGGCCGGGUCGUGUAGCCCAUCAAUUUUUCGCUAUGCAAUUAGUAUUUGUAUCGCUGGUCACUGUAAUUGAGAGGCCCAUGUAACUAUUUAUGAGUGAAUGUAUUUGAAUUAUAAAAAAAUUUAAAAAAACAAAUAUUUCGUA